CGUCUUCUCUACAUCGAUUAAUCGUCCUGUUGUUUUGUCGCUAUUAGUGAAAGGAAGCAGGAUGCACACAUCGGUGGGCGCCUUCAGUAAGCUCCUGUUCAGGCGCGGUGAAAUGCAGAGUUAGCCAACGCCACGAUGGAGUCGCAAUACAAGUUUUGUUUGUAUUUUCCUGUCGCCCAAAUAUCGAGUUUAUCAGACGCAGCAAACUACACAACGCUUCCUCAGCGAAAGAACGUCUACCUCGGGGAGACUCUCCAGUUUCUGCUGGUGUUGCGGUUUCGGGGCUUAACGGACAGGGACGAUGGUGCUCUGUCUCGGAAGGACCUGGGGGGUUCUUUGUGCGCUCUGGCGAGCGUGUGCGCCGCGGAGAGCUGGAGGCAGACACCGGCUGAGCAGUGUGACCGCACGAGCAGCUGCAGUGAAGACAGCGAGGAUGUAGAGUGUAGGACCGCAGAACAGAGCGGAAGAAGACGGGGGGACAAGCAGACCUUCACACAGUGUCACCAACUCCUCAGUCAUAAGUGCUCACCCAGUAGUGCAGCGAUGCACAGCGAGACAGAACAAGCCAAGUCUGCUUGGGUGUUGGAAGACCAGCUUAUCUUCUGUCUCACUGUCUCUUUGGACAAGCUGCCAGUCAGUACACGUAAAGCCAAGGUUGGACACACCUUGAUGAACUGCAGCUCACAGGACAGAAUGUGUGUCAAAGAUGUGAAGAUUCUUCCAAACUAUAACUCGUCUUACCUUCCCGUGAUGCCUGAUGGCUCAGUGCUCGUAGUCGACAAUGUCUGCCACCAGUCAGCGGAGAUCACCAUGGCUUCAUUCUGUCGGCUGGACAACAAAUCAUCACAUUUACCUUGUAUGCUUAGUGCCCUGGAGGAGCAGACCUUCAUUUUUCAGCUGCAGCUACAAGAGAAAGAAGAACAGCAAUCCAGCAAGGGUUUGGAAGUCCCAUUGUUGGCUGUCCUACAGUGGCACAGUCCAGUACAUCCUGCUAUGAGAUGCAUCUCUACUUGUUACUCGAUACCCAGCGUUCACUUAAAUCGUCCGGAGUUGGUGAUGAUGGCGUCCUGCCCAAGGACCAUCAGGCCUCAACAACACUUCUUGGUGAAAUAUACGCUGCUCAACAAUUUGCAAGAUUUCCUUGCUGUUCGUCUGAUCUGGAAUUCAGAGGCGAGUCAAUGGACAGAAACGGAGGUUUUGGACUUGAUUAGCAUGGAGAGAAAUUGA